AGACCAUGGGAGUGACGGGCCUGUGGCAGAUACUGCAGCCAUGCGCUCGGCCCAUCAAGAUCGAAACUCUCAACCGUAAACGUCUGGCCGUCGAUGCGUCCAUCUGGAUCUACCAGUUCCUCAAAGCUGUCCGCGAUAAAGAAGGCAAUGCACUGCGCAACUCGCACGUGGUGGGCUUCUUCCGCCGCAUCUGCAAGCUGCUCUUCUUCGGCAUCAAGCCGGUCUUUGUCUUCGAUGGAGGCGCACCAGCGCUGAAGCGCCAGACGAUCCGCGCCCGAAAGAGUCGACGGGAGGGUCGCAGAGAGGAUGCCGUGCGGACAGCGGGAAAGCUGCUGGCGGUGCAGAUGCAGCGAGCUGCGGAAGAGGAAGACGAGCGAAGGAAGCGCCAAGAGCAGCAGCAGCGAGGCUCUGCACGAGAUAACAAUGGCGAGGAAGAAGUGCCCGACGAAGGGCUGGUGUACGUCGACGAGCUGAAUAUGUCAGCCCAAGAGAGACAGCAGAACCGGAAGUUUCGCAAGAAGGAUGCGUAUCAUUUGCCUGACCUGGACGUGAGUAUGAGUGAAAUGGGCGGUCCGAACGAUCCUCGUGUGAUGUCGCUGGAAGACCUGCAAGCAUAUGCAGCACAAUUCAAUACUGGAGAGGAGCUGUCCGUGUACGACUUCAGCAAAAUUGACUAUGACAGCGCUUUCUUCAUGAGUCUGCCGCCCUCGGAUAGGUACAAUAUCUUGAAUGCGGCCAGAUUAAGGAGUCGACUGAGAAUGGGACACUCCAAGGAACAGCUGGAUGUCAUGUUUCCCGAUCGCAUGGCUUUCAGCAAGUUCCAGAUUGAGCGGGUGGCAGAGAGGAACGACUUAACGCAGCGGCUGAUGCACUUAAAUGAGAGCGGUGGCGCCGAGUAUGGUGGAAACCGUAUCGCGGGUGAGAAGGGGCGCGAAUAUGUCCUCAUCAAGAACGAUGGCGUGGAAGGCGGAUGGGCGUUGGGUGUAAUUGACGAUGAAGGGAAGCAAGAGAAGCCGAUCGAUCUUGAUGCUCCUGGUCCCACCAAGACAGAGGACGAGGAGUGGGAAGACGAAGUCGAUUUCGAAGACGUGCCUGUAGAAGGGCUAAACAGACUACCGAGGCAGAAAACAGGAACAGAGGGAGCACUGGACGCGUUGCAAGAACAAAGGAGAGAACUGUACAAGUCUAGAGGAGCUCGCGAGAGAGCGAUGGGCGAUACCUUUAGACGACCGACACAGCGCAAGCCGAAGAAGAAAGCUGCCAAGCGAGACGAAAACUCACUCUUUGUGCAGAGCAGUGAUGAGGAAGUGGUCGAGGACGAGUGGGAAGAAAAUGCGACCGACAAGAAACCUGUCGGAAGCGACGAGCAAUAUUCAGAUGACGAGGACCUGCGUCGAGCCAUUGCAUUAUCCAUGCAGAAAGACGGCAGCGGCAGCGACCAAGCUGGGAGUGGUCCAGAAGACGAUGAUAUGCUCGAAGAUUUCCAGCAGUCUGCCACGGAGGAAGCACGUCCUGUUCCUAGAGGUAGCGCGCGAGACAUUGCGCACAUUCUCAACAAGCGUGCACAACACGCUGCACCAGAUAGUCGCGAAAUCACUUCCUUUGGCGUUCCGACACAAAAGCCCGAUAGCAGUGACGAUGAGGAUAUGAUGGACUUGCAAGCCGCGCUCGCCGAAAGUCGAAGAUCCAAGCGGAAGACAACUCCGCCCCGCCGCCGGGCUCCAGCAGAAAACUCCGCGAAAGAAGUUGCCAAAAAAGCUGGUUUCAAUGGCCCUCUGCCCUUUGAAAAGCUUGAUCUGGGCACUUCUCUGCUGGGGAAGAAGAAAAUGCAACAGCGAACGGAAGAGGCAGCCGGCGGGUUCGAGAACCCAGCCCUGAGCGAGAAAGCUAAGAAAGCCGAGCCCCUGCCGCCGUGGUUCUCUGGAGACGUCGAAAAGGAUUUUCGUGCCCAAAAAGCAAUCGAAGCAGGCGAUAGACAGAAGGCGAGGGAGUACGACCAGCAAUUCAAAUUUCACGAUCGCGGGGCCACGCUGAAGCGUGGACGGCCGAAUGAAAUCAUCGAUCUUGAAGCGGAAGACGAGAUGCCGUUGCAGAAAGAGGGGGAGGUCAUUGAUCUCGAUGCAGAAGGUUCCUGUAUUUCGACUCCUGCUGGCAGCCAGUCGGUUUUGGGUGGUGAGACCGGUGAGUCUCGCGCCGGACCAGUACUGCUGGAUAAGGAAAUCUUGGAGAAUGAUACUGCUGUCGCCACCAGAUAUAUGACCGGCAUGGAAACGGCGAAUGAACAGACCGCCAGACCGGCAUCAACAGAUCAUCUUUCUGAAGAACCAAAUGCCGAGCUUGAAACAAGACUGGCGGUCAAGAAUAGUGUAGAUACAGCUCAAGAUCGGGACACAAAAUAUAGCACAGGGGAAGCCGUGACGUCCACGCCACCAAAGGUUCCUCUCACAGACGACGUCUUCGACACUGAGAUCGAGCCAUCCCCGGCACUCGAAAUAGUCUCGGGCCGAGAAAGGCCUAAGGAUUCUCUGAAUGCCAGUGGGGCUACUGAACCCGCCAGAAAUGCGACCAGAGGAGAGAACUCUGACGAAGAAAUGCUUGAGUGGAGCGAAAGCGAUGGUGAAGACACGGCCCCACAUACUGUGAGCAACUCAACAAAGCAACAGGGCACAAGUGCAAAAUCGCCACAGGAGAUGCAGGCGGCAGAGCAAGAUGCGAGAUCUCCUUCCGUCGAGUUCGAAGAUGUGGAAAUGAACCAAGCUGCCACGACGACUACUGGCCUGACAGCCAACGACUUCGGAGACAUUGGCAUUCCGGAAAUGACAAAUUUUGACGACCUACCAGCUGAGAAUGAAGAGACCGACGAAGCACAGCCCGCUUCUAUGCGUCAACCGAUCUCCGAGGGCGACGAGGAAUUUGACGACUUCUCUGACCCGGAAGACGCCGAGAUGCUGCGUAACCUCACCAUCGAAGCCGAAGAACAUGCUCGAUUCGCCAGUACCCUCAACAACAAAUCACAGGCUCAAAAUGUCGCCGAGUACGAGCGGGAGCUGAAACAACUUCGCAACCAACAAAAGAAAGAUCGUCGAGAUGCAGAUGAAGUCACACAGACGAUGAUUCAAGAGUGUCAAGCUCUGCUUCGCCUCUUCGGCCUUCCCUACGUGACAGCACCAAUGGAAGCCGAAGCACAGUGCGCCGAGCUCGUGCAUCUCGGUCUUGUCGAUGGUAUUGUGACUGACGAUUCGGAUUGUUUUCUCUUCGGGGGCACCCGCAUCUACAAGAACAUGUUCAAUCAAGCUAAAUUUGUCGAGUGCUAUCUGACAUCUGACCUCGAAAAGGAGUUUGGACUCACACGCCAGAAACUCAUCGCGGUAGCGAACCUGCUGGGGAGUGAUUAUACUGAAGGUGUCCCAGGAGUGGGACCUGUGACUGCUUUGGAGAUCAUCAGUGAGUUUCCGGAUUUGGAGGAGUUCAAGGAAUGGUGGACCGCUGUGCAGAUGAAUGAGAGACCCAAGUCCGAAGACGCGGGCAAUUCCUUCCGAAAGAAGUUUCGACGGAAUGCAUCUAAACUGUUCUUGCCACACGGCUUUCCUGACAAACGAGUCGAGAUGGCAUACUUGGAACCCGAAGUCGAUGCCGAUUCACAGGCAUUCCAAUGGGGCGUGCCGGACCUGGACAAGCUGAGAUCCUUCUUGAUGGCGACCAUUGGCUGGACGCAGGAAAGGACCGACGAGGUUCUCGUUCCUGUGAUCAAGGACAUGAACCGCAGACUUGAUGAGGGCACGCAAGCCAAUAUUACUGCAUUUUUCGAGGGAGGCGUGGGGAUUGGUGCUGCAGGAACCAACAGUAGAGGCGAAGCUUUUGCGCCUCGAAAGAGAGUCGAUCCCAGCAAAAGGAUGGGCACUGCAUUGACGAAAAUGGCCGAGAAGGCGAAAGGAAAGAGGAGUGGCGCGGUGCAAGCCAGCGAAGUGGAAGAUGGCGAUGCGGAGACAGAACAAGCGGGAACUUCUGAUAUGAGCACAGCGACGGCAAAGAGGCGCAAGACUGCUGCGUCUACGCGACCAAGUACUGGGAGCGAUGAGGAUGGGAGCGACUUCAAUGGGCCUGUCAAGAAACGAGGCACACGAAAAGCUCCUGUGAAGCGAGUGGGGAGAAGAAAGGCGACGACGUGAGUAUAUGUAGUGAUAUAGUGAUAUAUCGGACGAUUACC